CACGUGGUCGAGCUUGGUGAGGUUAAGUCCUGCAGCGUUGAGAACAGAGGCGAUCAUGAUGAUAGCAAAGCCUAUGAUGAAGGCGACGACCGGAUUGGCACGCUGACUGGCGUCAUAGCUGGACGUCGAAGACCCUUGCGCAGCUGGUACGGACGUUGCAGAAGCCGCUGCCGAUGUGGCCGAUGUGGAGGGCGUGGAAGAGUCCAUCACACGUUGACCAAGUCCACCCCAGAACACCACCGAGGUUUUAGAAGAAAAAAAAGAAAAAAAGAAAAGAGACAGCGCCGAUGGUGGACGAAUAGAAGUGGCCCGUAGUUGGGUUGAUGUCACCGUGGGUGACAGUCGUCAGGCGGCUUGGCUUGAGGUCAUAAUAUUAUGGACGACAUCAUCCAACGUCUCAAAGCCAAAGCCGAAGCAUUCCCCAACAGCACCUUACUGGGCGACACAAUAUCAUUGUUGGAAGACUUGCAGCGCCGUCCCGAGGACGCACGUCUGAUCUCCUGGGAUGCUCUCCGCCGAGACUUUGACCAGCUGCAAGAACGCGGGUUAUGGGACCAGUCCGCAGAGAACAACGGUCUUCUCAAUGUCCUCCGAGAUUUCUUGGCCACCGCUUCGAGCAGCACUACCAAGCCAAUUCGACCAUCCGUCGAUUCCGAAGAAGAGUCGGGGGAGAGGUUUGCAACAGUCAUUUCCCCACCCCAGGGUUUCACCUCUCGGCUGGUAUCCAACGAUACCCUGGUUCUACCCGUAGAGCUGGUGGAAAUAUUGGACAGGACGUACUUCCUGCGUAUCCUCGCAACCGACCCUGAACAGGUCCUCCCACCCGGAAAGUCGCUGUUAUCUAUCAUAUCCCGACCGCAUGUUACCUCCGAGGGCAGUUCUAAACCGACACUACGCCGCAGGGUAGAACAUAUGAUGCACAAAGCUUUCUGGGAUGAGGCAGUGGGAAACUUGUCCAAUCCAGAUCCUGCCACUCAGCUCGCGCACUUGAAAUUACUGUAUAGUGACGUGCACGUAGCCCUUUCUUCCCUCCUUCCACCGAAACAUCCUGUUCUAGUCGCGAUAUCUGCCCCGCUUCCUCCUACCUCGUCGCCGUUGGAGUCGACUGUGUCGUUUUUACGGGAAGUGCUCGCCAGUUUGCGAGAGCGCUGUGCUCCUGUUCGUGACCCUGAAAUUGAAUCAGUGCAAAGAGCCCUCGACAAUCCACCGAUUCGCACAGCCCGUCCGCGCGAACUUGCCAAGCUUGUCACGGAUACUAUCAAAUUCAUUCUCGAAUUUUCACAGGUCAUGAAAGAUGACUUGUCUGGGUUCGUGCUCGGAAGUAUGACUGAACAACAGCUGAGGUCCAUAGUCGCUAAGCAAGCGAAGGUAACGGAAAGAGAGGUCAUUCUUGACAUUUGGCGGAAAGACCGUGUUCUGCAAGACUGGCGGUCAUGGUUGGAAUACUCACUGCCGUCUUUUACCGUGAGUGGCGAUGUUGCCGACCCUCGGUUCCAGUGGAUCGUUUGCCUAGUGCAAUCGCUAGGCGCCUCCCCCUUGCCAGUUUCAUGCCCACUCCCCACAAGAGACAUGCAAAUUAUUCGGGCUGACCUUGAUGGGCCUGAAUCUCCGAUGGUAUCUACAGGUUCGGAUCGUGACAAUGCUCUACCCCCUAUCUUCUUCUUCGCGAUCCCAGCCCUGGUGAAAUUACAGAAUCACCUGCAGGCCUUUGUCAUUACUGCGGCACUUCGCGCCCUUAUUCGGCCGCCUCCACCUGCUGAUGGUCCUUCUCCUGCUGCCUCGACAACUUUUACUGCACGUGUUUGGACAAUUCUUCAAGCUGAUAUAUCUGAAGGGUCACAUACAAAUAGCACUAAGCUUGUGAACCUUGCGGACGAGGUAUUACGUGCACGAACUCAGUGCGGGUCGAUACUUUCGAAAGAGGAAGAGGGACGGUUACGGGGAGUCGUUGACCGCACAUUGAAGCCUACCGAUCCGGUGUUCGUGCUGUUGCGGAAUCGACUGUUGGUCGCUCUUGUGACGACGCUUGUACGCCUGCGGAUGGAAUCUCGUGACCGGGGAUCGGUGCCGGAAACCUUGCGGUCCGGACUGGAUAGAAGACGUGAUGUGAAAAGGCCAAGGUUGACAUUGGAUCCCCAUUAUUUCGAUGGGCAACCUUCGCCGGAGGGUAGCGUUGAGGUAACGGUAAAGGGUUUUGAGGAUCCUGUGCUGAGUCGCGCAAUAGCAAAGACGUUUGGAGAAGCGGUUAUACAAUUAGAGUGGCUGGAAAGUAUAUGGGGGGACGUAAUUGAAUCGGGUAUUGAACGAAACGAAACCAAUUGAGACAUAAUACUAAUGCACGACGAGGCGACCUAGUUAUAACUUACAUAAUUA